AUGGCGCCAAUCGCAAUCACCCCCCCACCGGUCGAGCCUAAACGCAUGGAUACUCGACAGGCUCGUCCGGGUCUUCGACGAAUCAACAGUUCUAAUAUGGGCACAAAACGAAAGAUCGUCAUCUUUUCAGACUUUGACGGCACCAUCUUCAUGCAAGACACCGGUCACACGCUAUUCGAUAACUUUGGCUGCGGGCCAGAACGAAGAGCCGAACUCGCCACGCAAAUGGAGACGGGAGAGCGGACAUUCCGUGAAGUCUCGGAUGAACUCUAUUCAUCGCUGAAUGUACCAUUCGAAGACGGUUUCGAAGUGAUGAAGACGGCUCUUGAAAUCGAUCCCGACUUCCAAACCUUCCACGAAUUCUGCGUCAACAAUAGCAUUCCUUUCCAUGUUAUUUCAGCUGGGUUGCAACCCAUUCUGAGAAAAGUCCUGGACCAUUUCAUCGGCGAAGACAUGAGCAAGCACAUUGGCAUUGUGGCCAACGAUGUCAAGAUUGCCGAGGACGGCAGUAAAUGGGAAGCAGUUUGGAGACACGACAACGAUCUUGGUCACGACAAGGCGCAAUCAAUAAACGAGUACCGGGAAAUGCAGAGUGAAAAUGGCACCAUCCCCCUGAUCGUUUUCGUCGGCGACGGUCUGUCAGAUCUCCCGGCCGCCCGUGAAGCUGAUGUCCUGUUCGCUCGUCGCGGCUUUAGACUGGAAGAGUACUGCCAAGAGCAUGGACUGGCGUACAUUCCUUUCGACACCUUUGCCGACGUCCAAGAAGAAGUCAUUAAGAUCGCGAAACUCGACGAGGAACAGACUCAUGGCAGAGGCCUCCCGGCAACCUUCAACCCACUUGCCAAUAAGUGGAGGCGUCUCAGCAACAAAGCUGGAAAACCUAACUUCUCUGCUUUCAGCCCAUCCAGAGAGGAUGUGGUAUUUGAAUGGCCAGAGAAUGCAACGGAGUCUGCCACACUCCAAGGCUCUGAAGAAGGCAAAGCUGCAUUUGCAGCACCAAUGGCAUAG